AUGAACAACGGCAAGUGGGCUGGAUCCUACGAUGAGGCCAGGCGCGACCGGGAGUGGCUGAUGCAUGAGAUGGACGGAGGGCGCGACUUGAAGCCCACCGAAAAGAUCUCUGUUCCUGAGUUCGGUGGGGAUGGUGCCAACGACUCUGAGGUCGGAAAAUCGGCCAGAUCGUAUGUGAGAAAAGUGCAAGUUUGGUUGCGGUGCACUCGUUUGCCGCCCAGCCAGAGGGCGCUUGCUCUUUAUAGCAACCUCUCUGACAGGGCCUGGGUGUACGCCGAGGAGCUUGACAUGGACAUCCUCGGCUCCCCUAGCGGGGUUGACUACUUUCUGGAGUGGAUCCAGACUAGAUUCAUGGAAGUUGAGGUGUCGAAGAUUUCUCAAAUGAUGAAUGACUUGUUCAGGAGAUGCAAGAAACGUCCAGAACAAUCAGUCCGUGAGUUCAACGUAGACUUUGAGAGAAUGGUGCUGCGUCUGCAUGAGGUCAGAUGCGAGUUGCCCCCCUUGGUGAAAGCCUGGCUCUACGUGGACAAGCUCCGGCUGAGCGAGGCAGAAGAGCUUGCUUUGUUGGCGAGCUGCAACAACGAAUAUGAUUGCCGCCGUUUGCAGCAAGCGGCGAUGAUUCAGGACCGAACCCUUCGGCAUGGUUUUGGUGGGAGCAACAGUGCCCCCAACGACAAGGGGUGGAAAGGCAGCCGCUGGAAGCAAUCGGUGCACAUGACCGCCGUGCAGGAUGAUGGCGGCACCAGUGAUGAAGAGAAUGAGCCCAAUGACGAUGAGAACAUAGAGUUGGUCGACGAGCAAGUCGCCCAAGAACAUCACUCGGCCUACAUGGCCUAUCAAGGAGCCAAAGCUCGCUACAAGGAGACUGUGAAGGGCCGUGGCCUCGACUCCGAUGCCUUGAAGCAGCGUGCUGAGGAACGGCUGCGCCUAGCUAAGGCUCGCAGCUACUGCUCGGCGUGCAAGCGCAGAGGACACUGGCACAAGGAUGAGAUUUGCCCCCUGCGACAAGGUGCAAAGAAUGCCUCUGCCCCGGAUGAGAAGCAGGUGCACUUCACCUCUAGCCGUCUUCAUGAAUGCCAUGCUGUGGUGAACACCUGCUUUGCGACGACUGCUGGAGAGCUUGAACAUGGUCGAGGUGAUGAGUUUCUCGCCAUAGUUGACACGGCCUGCACCAAGUCGGUGGCAGGCUAUCCUUGGUUUGAGAAGUUCUACAAGACAGCAGAUGCGCUGGAGAUUCCUUUCCAGAUCCUCGAAGAGAAGGACAGCUUCAAGUUCGGAGCUUCCAAGGUGUUCGUGUCACACUUGGCAGUGAGAGGGUGGUUUGCCAUUUGCGGACAGUGGUUUGCUGUGAAGGUAGCCAUAGUUUACCUAGUUGACUGUUCCGGUGGCACUCGUGCCUGGGCUGGUGGUGGGGUUGUUGGUGGCUCUUGCCUUGCUGUGGCUUUGCCCCGCUGCACUGCCCGGGUCGGGGUUGCUGGCUGUGGGGUUUGCCUCACCUCCUUCUUGUCUCCUGUCUUCGUCUCCUGGGGUUUUUCUCCCUUGCUGGUUCGCUCGCGCCCGCGUCGCUUCUCUCUCCUCGCGUCCUUUGGUUUCUGGGCAUGGAUUUCUUGA